CAUGAGAAGUCCACUAAAAUGUUACACAGCCUUGCCUAUUUAUUUAGUAGCCCAUACCUAAAGGAAUGACAAACGUAUCGUCGUCCGUAAGACGAGCAAGUGACCGAGUGCAUGAAGAGGCAAAGCAGUAACCUGCCGACCAUGGUGCGAGCGACUCGGGCGGGAAGGUAUUCUCAUUCAGGUACGGGAAAAGUCUGGCUCGUAGAACCGCUAGAGAUUCAAGCGCACGAGCCAGAGCUUUUUGGUGGGCUCGUUCUGUUAGCACAAGGCUUUGUCGCGUGUUUCCAUUUUUUUCCAUCCUGCAGCAGGCAUAUCAUGGGACCGUUUGUGUACCCAGAAACGCUUUUUUCCACCAACAACAGAUCACACUACUUUCGGAGCCCUUCUCUUCGCUAACUUUCCAAUCGUCGUCGGCCGUUGGUGAUUGACUACUUUUCCAGUAGGAAAAGCUAUUUGAUUAUCGCCAGUAACAAAGGUAUGUUUGAUGCUUGCCUCCCCCCAUCCCUUUCUUUUUGGAGUCUUUUCUUUCCCUUUUUUUUUUUUUAUUUCAAAUCGAAGAACAAUACAUGGUUCCAGUGACGAGAUAGGCGAUAGAAAAACGUAGGAUACAAAGCGAGGAAAGAGAAAGAAGAGGAGAGCGGGCGGCUCUUC